UACAAACACACACUCUCCUCCCAAAUGCUCUGUUUCAAAUGAAAGACCACUCUCAGCCAAACCACAACUGUCAAACCACAGCCGUCUCCUCCUCUCCUUCCACCCCACCGGAUAUGGAUGCCGGAAUAUGGAGCAAGCUGCCGGAGGAGCUCCUCGAGCUCGUCCUCUCUUUCCUCCCUCUCAAAAACUUACUGAAUCUUCGAUCGACUUGCAAGCGCUUCAAGUCUCUGUUAUUCUCUCCCUCCUUCGUCUUCAAGCACUCCUCCUCCCCCUUCCCCUCCUUCCUCCUCCUCUCCCACCCUCAGUGCUUCCACCACUUCCCUCUCUACGACACCACCGCCGCCACCUGGCGCAAGUUACCUUUGUCUCUCUCUCCUCUGCUACCCUGUGCAACAGGCGCAGCACAAGCCUCCCUCCUCACUUCGUCCAAUGGGUUGCUCUGUUUCCUUCUUCCCAAUUCGUUUCUCGUCUUGAACCUUAUGACCAAGUCCUCCAGAGUGAUCGAAUUCCCAUAUUACCCUUUCGGAUUCGAGAUUUUCUCUUUGAUUGCCACCCCUGCUGGGUACAAUAUGUUCAUGAUCUCUUCCGGGUCAUCGUCCAAAAGCACUUUGCUCUACGAUUCGAAGGCCCAAUCUUGGCAAAAAUUCAACUUUUCAGAGACGGUUUUAAGCAACAAUUGUCAGGAGACGGGAGUUUACUUCAAAGGGUGUUUGUAUUUCGUGACGCCGGAGCCUUUUUCGAUUGUCUGCUUCGAAUUGGAGAGCUGGAAGUGGGGAAGACCGAUUCCGGAGCUGCCGGCAGAGCUCAUGUUUGCUCGGCUGGUCAGCAGCGGAGACGGCGGAGGAGGAGAGGGGAAGAAGCUGUGUCUGAUUGGUGGGGUCGGCAGAAAUGGGAUUGCCAGGAGCUUAAAAGUGUGGGAAUGGGAAUGCAGCGGCGGAAUGAAGUGGGUGGAGGUGGAGAGAUUGCCGGAAAGGAUGUGCAAGAAGUUGAUGUCGGUUUGUUUCCACAAUUACGAGCACCUGUACUGCUUUUGGCAUCAGGGUUUGAUCUGCGUCUGCUGCUACAAUUGGCCGGAGGUUUUGUACUUCAAGGUUUCGAGGAGGACGUGGCAUUGGGUCCCCAAAUGCCCUUCUCUGCCGGAUAAAUCCAACUGCGGGUUCCGGUGGUUUUCCUUUAUGCCGAACUUGUUUGCAUCGGCUUGAGGAGAAAGAAUUGCAUGAAACGAUAAGCAUCGAUGGCGUUGUGUUAUUAACUUGUUAGUCCGAGAGGUGACGGUGGUAGUAUCUAAGGGGUGCAAGUCUUUUCUCAAUUUCUGCUUCUGCUUCUGAUAUGUACUUAUUUGUUACCUUGAUCCGAUUCUGCUUGUGUACAUUUUCAUAAAGGGAGAUCUGUUUAGACAUUAGAUUUUUACUUUUUUUAUUUUUGUUUGUCGUGGGAUUUCAGAACAUUGUGUCACGAUAUUUUGUAAUGAUAUACUACCACGUUUUUGUAUCA